AUGCUGUCAAAGAACCAAUCUCAUUCGCAUUCUUUUUCAGGUGCAGUCUCUGAGGGAGACGGGAGUCUUCAGUGCUCCAAUUUCAGCUACAGGACGAGUAUCUGUACUGAGAGGUUCGUCAUGGGCAUGGCGGGCAGCUCUGCCCUCUUGCCCUGCACCUUCUCGCUUAAUUCUCUCUCAAACCAAGUCCACGUGGAGUGGAGACUCCAGGAGGUCAACAAGGGACUGCUCAUAUUCAACAGUUCAAAUAACUACAUCGAAGGGAAAUUCCAGGAUCGACUGAGACUGGUUGGAGACCCAACCAAGGGGGAAGCGAGCAUCAACAUCACCAACCUGAACUGUAGUGACACAAAUGCCUACUUCUGUCAUAUCAAAGAGUUGAAAAUGAACCAAGAGGGAAACCGAGAGUAUAAUUACGCUGACCAACUUGGAACCCUCCUGGUCGUCGACGAUGUCUCCAUGGAAGACAAUGUGACUACUGCAUCUAACUCAACAUCUUCCAUCACGGUUAUCGUGAUAUCCAUCGGCUCCAUCUCUCUGGGUGCCGUCAUCGCGUGCGUUGUGCAGAGGGCACUCCAAGCCAGAGCUUUGAAGAGAUCGUCAUUGACUAUGGUCGUGAGGGAGACUCCGAUCACGUACGAUGCAGUGCGGGUGGAACGUGUAACUGGCACAUCGGAAGACAGAAACAAUUUUCGUACUUACUCGAAUGUGAUUUACUCAACAGUUAGCCACUAGAAUCGGGUAAAGUGAGUUUACAACCACAGCAUCCUUACCUAGCCUCCAGUAUGUUUUGUUACUUUCAACAAAGCAAAUGCCUGGGUAAACAGAAGAAGGAUACACAUAAUUGCUCUGUCUGGUAUAGACAAAUCGCCCCACUGAGCUUUGUAGCUCUUUUUCAAAAGCAACGUGGCCAUCACAAAUGAUAGCUCAACGAAGUGCGCUUAUCAUCAUUACAUGAACAUUCAUAGCAACAGCCAAAUUACUUUAAACGCGUGGUGAUGUUGAUUAUAAGGAAAAAACCGGAGGACCUGGAGAAAAAUCCACGCAACCACGAGGAGAGAGAAAGGCAUGCAAACGCCAAAUACACAGGCGUCAUGGUCGGGAUCAAACCUACGCGACCUCCUGUAUACGAGGCGAGGUAGUGAACAUCUCUGAGCCACCGUGAUGAUAUACAACAGGCGUUAGGGUCAGGAUCGAACCCAAGACCUGUAUACCAGGCGAGGUAGUUAACACAUUCUAGCCACUGUGGCACCCCUGCCUUAAGUUGUGCACUGC